GGUGCAGGCGGAGGGUGGCCCGCGACGCCCCGCGGGUGCCGGUGCUGGGGCUGCCCUCGGCCCUCCGUGCCAGCCUCGCCGGUGAUUCCUGAGGUUGGGAUCCAUCAGCACAGGUCCCAUGGCGCCGGGCCGGGCCCUGCUGGUGCUGCUGGUGCUGAGCCCCCUGUGGGCGUGUGGGGCUGAGCUGCUGGAGCCGGGGCUGCCUUGGGGCGGGCAGUGGGUCUGGGGGGAGGCCAAGCCCCUGCCCCACUCCCGUGGGAAGAGGGAUGACGGUGGGCAGGAGCCCGGUGCCACCGCCAUGAUCAGCAGUGACAAGAGGGAUGGUGUCUCUGUGCCACCGCCAGCACCUGGCACCAAGGCCAACCUGCUCCUGGUGCCAACCACAGCUGAUCCCAUGGAUGAUGAUUCCCCCGAGCCUGAGCUGCUCCUGAGCUCUGCAGCACCAGUGCCCAGCACCAACUCCAGCCUGCUCCAGGGGCUUGCAGUGUCCACCACAGCCGAGCCUAUGGAUGAGAGAGAUUCCCCUGCUCCUGACUUACUGGAGGACUCUGUGGCACCAACAGUGACCAGUGCCAGCACCAGCCUGCUCCGGGUGCCCACCACAGCUGAUCCCAUGGAUGAGACAGAUCCCCCUGAUCCCGACCUGCUCCCGAGCACUGCCCCACCACCAGCACUCAGCACCGAGGCCAGCCGGGUACUCGUGGUGCCAACCACAGCUGAUCCCAUGGAUGAGACUGAUUCCCCUGCUCCCGAUCUGCUGCCAGGCUCAGAGCCUGGCUCACCAUCAGCAGCCCAAAAGAGCAUCGCCACCACCCCCGGCUGGCUCACGGCACUCAUCAAGGAGGACGCAGUGACUGAUGGCCUGGACAGCGACUCCUCCACGGGGCCACGCUCAACAGCCCCCCCAGCCUUUGUCCUCACCAGCACGGGCUACGGGAAACCCAAGAAAUCCGGAGCUCCGCCUGCAUCGACCCUCGCGGCCACCUGGGACACGACGCCGGUGGGCACGGCGGCGCCCUGGGAGCCCAGCGGGGCGAUGAGCAAGUGCCUGCUGGCCAUCCUGCUGCUGGGGCUGGUGGCCGCCGCCUUCCUGGUGAGCACGGGCGUGCUGGGGACGCUGCUGUGGCGGCGGGCGCGGACGGGGGAGCGCCGCUUCGGCCCCACCGAGAUGGUUUGCAUCUCCUCGCUGCUGCCCGACGCCGAGGCGGCCGCCGGCCCCCGUCCUGUCCCCGCCCGGAGGCACAAGCUGCUGCUGCCCGACGGCAGCUCCGAGCCCGAUGGAGACAACCUGACUCUCAGCAGCUUCCUGCCGGAGCACUCCUGAGCCCCAGCGAUGGCUCCUGCAUCCCGCAGCGCUGCGGUGCCCGGUCCCCGGUGGAGCCGCGGGCAGGGCGCCCCUGUC